AAUAAAACAGAAUUUCUAAUGUUUCUAAAGAAGAAGAAUAGACUUCAAGGGGUUUUAGUCGUCAGCUGUUAUGUUCAUAAGUUUCUUUCUCCCCCCUUUCCAAACUCCGAGGCUCCAUCUUGCCUUUUGAUUGACCGCUACAUAUGUUUUUUUCUGGGUGCUGAAUUUUCCCCCUGCUGGAAAGAAAUAAAGCAACAGUGGAAGGCUGGGAAAGAAAAGGGCACGGCGGAAAAUAAAAAAAGCGGCGAAGGAGAAAGUAUCAUAACAGGAGCUUCGCGGGAAAAGUGGGGGGACAGGUUGGAAAAAGAGCUAUAAGAAACUGAGCAAGUGGGGAACGAGACUUGCCAUAUAUUUUCUGGAGUCAGAUCAUUUUAUUGACAGCGAGCUUCAAAUUAAAAGGGGGAGCCACCAUGACAUCGGAAAUGCAGGAAAUUGCCAUCACAGAGGACAAGCCUUUACUCACGGGUCAGGCUGAUGCUGCCAAGGAUGUUGCUGAACUGGCUGCAAGGAUACUCCUAGAUCAAGGGCAGGAGCACAGCGUUGAGACCCCGCACGGCGUUCUACGCGUGACCCUCCACGGGACGCGGACCACCCGCCGGCCCGCCAUCCUGACCUGCCAUGACGUGGGUCUGGACAGUAAGAGCUGCUUCUCUCCUCUGUUUAAAUUUGAGGAGAUGCAGGAGAUUGUCAAGAACUUCACCCUGAUUCACAUCGACGCUCCGGGCCAAGAGGAGGGGGCCUCCGCCUACCCUCCAGGCUACCAGUAUCCCUCCAUGGAGACCAUCUCCGAGAUGAUCCCUGCUGUGCUGCAGUUUUUCAACUUCCGUACCGUCAUUGGGGUGGGGGUGGGAGCGGGAGCGUACAUCCUCUCCAAGUUCACACUCGCUAAUCCAGAUUCAGUGGAGGGCCUGGUUCUGGUUAACAUCGACACCAACGCUAAAGGAUGGAUGGACUGGGCCGCACACAAGCUCAGUUCUGUGACUUCCUCUCUCACAGAGCAGAUCUUAUGUCACCUUUUCAGUCAGGAGGAACUUUCAGCAAACACAGACUUGGUGCAAUCUCACAGAGAGCGGAUCUCCAAAGCGCCUAAUCUGGCCAACAUUGAGCUCUUCUGGAAGACGUACAACAGCCGCAGAGAUCUGAACCUGGACCGCAACUAUACCUUCAAGUGUCCAGUGAUGUUAGUCGUUGGGGAUCAAGCUCCGUACGAAGAUGCCGCUGUGGAGUGCAACAGCAAGCUCGACCCCACAUCAACUUCCUUCCUGAAGAUGGCCGACGCAGGUGGCCUCCCUCAGCUCACUCAGCCUGCUAAGCUCACUGAGGCUUUCAAAUAUUUCAUCCAAGGAAUGGGUUAUAUGGCUUCCUCUUGCAUGACCCGCCUGUCCCGCUCCCGCACCACCUCGCUCUCCUCCUCCUACUCCAUGGACGGGUCCCGCUCUCGCUCACGCACCCUGUCCCAGGGCUCGCAGGGGGGCCAGAUGCCGCCCAGCCCCUCCCAAACCAUGGAGGUCUCCUGCUGAAGAAGACUUCGCCCCCUUCCACCACCUCACGACGGCAAGAGCAGAGAGCGAUAAAGGAACGAAGGGAAAAAGGUGAAGCGUGAACGCAACGAAAACGAGAUGAACGAACGGCUUUCUCCAUCGGUCAAUACACGACUCCCACCAUUCCCCCCCGCAAGAGCAGACAGAGAGAGAGAGAGAGGGCCUGUCCUCCAUGUUGGUCCAGCACAGAUGCAGUCUUUCAGCUAGAAGAGAUUAAAAAGAACCAGGAAGGAGGUGCAGAACAGGAAACAGUCCUCUCUCCCUCUGUCAGCCUGUAGACCCCUUUAACCUAGAUCCAGAGUGUGGCAUGUAGAAGCUGCACUCAUCACUUUAACCCGUAGAAACUCUUCAGGAAGCAGAAUUGAUGAUGAUGCUGAAGCUAACGAUGAUGUAAUAGGAAACAAAACUGUAACACUUUUCUCUUUAUUACGUGAUUUUAAUAUAAUAUAGAAUAAAAAAAACAUACUAUAGCAGAGAUACUUACUACAAUGUGUGUGUCCACUACUUUUACUGCUAGUUUCUAAUGUGUUUUUUUUUCUUUCUGAUUUGUAACUUGUCUCAACUAAUGGUUGAAGCAGUCAGCAAGAGCCAUUCUAGCAACUACAUGUGUCUCAAAAAAAAAAAAAAAGUUUAAUAUGAUUU